GCGGCGCGCUCCCGCCCCGGCAAGCAGUCGCCUCCCGCGGGCCUCCGGGCCUCCCCAGCGCCAGCCUGGCCCGCCCGGCCCCAGCAGGCGCCGCAGCCCGUGGCCUGGGCAGGAGCGGCCGCUGGUAGCUGCGCCCUGCCCGGGACGGACGCCGGACCGCCCCGUCACGUGCGCCCAAGUCCUCGCCCGGCCGGGGCAGCGCCGUUCCCAUGGUUCAAGGCUGUUGAUGGAGAAGGGGGCGGAUGACAGCCGGGACAGUGGUCAUCACUGGGGGCAUCUUGGCGACUGUGAUUCUGCUCUGCAUCAUUGCUGUCCUGUGCUACUGCCGGCUCCAGUAUUACUGCUGCAAGAAGGACGAGUCGGAGGAGGACGAGGAGGAGCCUGACUUCGCCGUGCACUCGCACCUGCCCCCGCUGCCCUGCGGCCGCAACCUCGUGCUGCCCAACGGGCCGGCGCUCUACCCGGCCGCCUCCACCUCCUUCAGCCAGAAGACCCCACAGGCCCGCGCCCUCUGCCGCAGCUGCUCCCACUACGAGCCCCCCGCCUUCUUCCUGCAGGAGCCCGAGGACGAGGGCGUGCGCAACGGCGGGGAGCGCGUGGCCUACCAGAGCAUCGGCCAGGAGGACACGGAGCUGCCGCCCGCGAGCUUUGCAGGCCUGCAGGCGCUCAACCCCAACCGCCUGUCGGCCAUGCGGGAGGCCUUCUCCCGGAGCCGCAGCAUCAGCACCGACGUCUGAGCGGCCCCACCUGCCCGCCGGGUCCCCGGACCAUGCUGGGCUCCCCGGCAUGCAUCGGCCUGGCCCUGGGCCCGAACCAGGGCUCGGCCCAGCCCUCCUCGCCUCCCGGUCACCACGGGGGCCCGCGGGGGAGCUCCGCGGCUCACGGCAGGGGUAAGGCCCCGUGAGCACACGCGUGGCCGCCAGGGUUAGGGGCUGUGGGGCCGGAAGGCAGGCAGGCACAGGCGAGCGGUGGUUCCCGGGUGUCAGGCUGCAGGACAAGGCGGAGACACCAGGCUCCUGACGCUGAAGAUACCCUUCAGUGAAGCCGCCGCGGAGCGUGCCCCCCUCCCCAGCCCCGGGAACGUGGCCAUCCCUGGCUGCGAGACCUGACCCUGUCCCCCGCUCCCUGGGGCUCCGCCUUCCCACCUGUUCGAGGAAGAGGAGGUGACCGCAACGUCACUGGCCCAGUAGCAAGUGCAGACCAAGUAUUCUGUCCCGGAACGGGGGCCGCUGCCUCCCCCACCCUGCCCCCCCCACAGCCCUGGCUUCCAGUGCCGGGCCGCUGAGACAACUCUCUGGGCUGGCCUGCCUGCAGGUGCCCUGGAAGAGUUUCAGGGGCGGCUGGGCCCUCGCCACUCACAGCCCCAACUGGCUUUUUGGUGAAAGAGGGAGGCACCAAGGGAAGAAGAGGCCACGUGCCAACCCCCUGCCUCUGGAGCGUCCACACGACGAUACGCGCCCCAUUCCACAGCCCCGGUGCGGUAGGGUAGACGAGCGAGGAUGGGGACCUAAAAGACCCACUGUCUCCCCGUGAGGCCUGGGACAGGCCCUCCUACCCGCUGGGCCUCAGCCUCCGGGAGCCCUUCAAGCUCUGGUCCGCAGGGGAGACACCCCGAGCUCUCCCACCCAACCCCUGUGUCUCAGGAGGGUCGGGGAGCAAGGCCCAUGAUCCUGAUCUCACUCCAUGGCGGAACGCAACUGAGCCCACUCUCCAGCAAGCUCCCAGCAGGGCCAGGGUCUCCCUGGGAGCCCAGCCUCCAACUCCCUCCCUCUGGCUGGGGAAGUGAUGCCCAGUGGCCACCCCAGGGAAAUGUCCCAACCCCAGGGUCCCGGGCACGGGCAACGCUGCCCCUCCACCCAGCCGGGGGCAGCAUUUCCUCCUCUGCAGCAGGGCCCCAGAGCCCCCUGCCCUCUCGGGGCCCACCGUGGAGCCCCCAGGGUAGGGGAGCCUCUGCCUGCCAGGGAGGCAGACCAAGCUCCUCAGCCACGCCAUCUUCCUAAAAGACAAACAGAUCUUUGAGGACCCCAAGCCGCGGGCAGCCUGUGCCCGCCUCUUGCCGAAAGCCCCGAGGAGUGGAGUCAUCUGGAUGGGAGCAGAGUUAGGGAAGACUUAACUAUUUUUAGCGUUCUGGAUUAUUUCUCCUUCUUCCUUUCUCCUUCUGCCUCAGUUCGGACACGCUAAUGGAAUCCAUCCCCAACUUUCCCCGCAGCCCAAGCUCCCUUCCUUUGUGGAACCCCAUGAGUUCGUUUUGUGCAUUUACUUGGGGGGUGGGUUGGGGUGGGGGGGCGAGCCCCGGGAGGUGGCGGUUCUGUGCCGGGUUCCUCUUUCCUUCUCUGGUCUCUAUUCUCUGUAUAGAUUCAUAGAUCCACUUGAAAUGAGAUAAGCCCCCUUCCGUGUGAGCUCAUACAGCUGCACUGCGGGGACCUGCGGGGAGCUGGUGCUCCCUGAGAAAAGCGAACGCCAAUAAAACUCAUCUCCGG